UGAAAGUUGAAACCCAGUCCACAAAUUUGACCCUUCAAGCCUCUUUUAUGCAUGCCGGGUUGUAUUAGCUGGGGAGACCAAGGAAGUUUUGCUUCAAUCCCACACCCAAGAGCCGCAGCAAAGGUCUCCUCUGCAGCUGCAGCCCCGUUAGUGGGAUACAAUUCGAUUUUUCGCCUCCUCGGCUAAGUUGUAGUUGUCAAGCGCCCUCUUCUUCGAUCAACUUGCAUCCGCUUUCAUCUCCCGGUGGUCAUGUUGUCAUAGAACACGCUUCAUUCUCUGCUGUGAUUCCAGCCGUUUAAUGUGACGAUGGAUGACCAAAAGCCUGUUAUCCCUUGAUAAAAGAUAAUUCUUGCCACUUUUAUUCGUAUCUGCCGUAUAAUUACCUUCUUUUUGGUUGUUGGCCACACGCUCUAUAGAAGAAGAGGAAGUCAAGCUAUAUACUAUUCCUAUUCCCUAUCGAAUUUCCAGCACAAGCAAGCAAAGAUGACCUCGUCCCUCACCAAAGACCUGGAGAGACUGAACCUUAGCGGCGGCGGCGGCGGCAACCCCAAAGCCUCGAAGAACCUCCGCCCGCAGCGCAAGAAAGGCAAGGCGCCCAUCGAGCCCUUUCGCUUCUUCGACCUCCCCUCGGAGAUCCGCCUGCGCGUCUACCACUACGUGCUCUUCACGCCGCGGCGGCGGCGGACGCUGCGCGCGGCGGGCAGCGUGGGCGCCUCCUCGAAGAAAAACCCGCCGCUGGCGCCGGCUUCGCACCGGAUCGCGCUGUUCCUGGCCUCGCGGCGCAUGCACAACGAAGCCGCCGACUACUUCUACUCGACGCAGGUGUUCCGCCUGUUCCACCUGCAGGACUACUCGAAGAUGCCGACGGUGCGGGCGAUCGCGCCGCAGUACCGGCCCUCCAUUGCCACCAUCGAGCUGAUCCUGGGGUCGAGCUGGACCGACCCUCCGAUCUCGUGGCGCGUCAACUCGUCACUGGGGCUGGAGGAGAUGGUCCGCAUCCGCACGCUCAAGGUGUUCCUCGAGGUCGACCCCUCGCACCCGGUCUUCGAGGGGUUCCGCAUCUCCCGUGACUUCUAUACAAACUUCUCUGGGAAUAUUCUGCAUGAGGUGCUGAAGAGGCUGCCGAAUCUCGAGUACGUCGAGUUUGAUGCCUGGCCGUCCGUUCGCAAGAGCGGGGGUCUGAUGAAACGUCUGCUGCAUGAGGCCCGCUCAGCCCACAAGAAGAUUGCCUGGGGCCCUGAGCGCGGUUGGACGGAUUAUGACGGGGAGGAGUUUGACGAGGACGCAUACGGUCUCAAGGCGCAGGAGGCCAAGGCCGAGGAACACCGCGCACAGCAACUCGCUCGCCUGAGGUCGAUGAUGCCUGCGGGCUUUGUACCGGAGACGCUCAGACCGGAGACUAUUACGGUCGCGGAUUCGUGAUAUGAGAGACGAUUCUAUACGCACAUACACAUACACACUUGUAUUUUAUACGAUAUAUGCACACGGUCGGAAGACGAGGGUGUGUUACUGAGGGAUGGAGCCUAGCACAUGCCGGCAUUCUUUGCAUCAUAGAUUAGAUUCAGCUUAGAUUGAUUAGCGAUGUUCAUGGUUUAUGAAUCGAAAGUGCUUCUGCAG